UAUGCGUGCGAGGUUGGCUUUCCGGACUCCAGUUUUGGCAGACGCGUAGGCUUCCUUGAGCUUCUAUUUCGCGAUAUCUAGGCUGGUCGUGCUUGACGACGUCUCACUUAGUAGAAUUUAGCGGCGAGGGUGUGCCCCGAAUUUCCAUGCGGACCAACGGCAUCCGUCAAACGCGUAACGCUGUCGCCAUCUUGGCACCGAACGCCGUCAGCGCCGUCAAUCGGCCUAACAUCGUACUGCGGUGUGCUCAUGCGCCGCACUCAUGCGCAGCACGAGAUAAACUAGCGCGCUUUUCGAAUUCAUCCUUCGUCGGUAAUAAAAUUGAGAAUACAGAGGAAGAUUCAGAACGGGUACUGAAUAUUACGUAAUACAUCCCUGACUUCGAUCCGGUCAAUGUUUUCAACUUCAAUAAUAUCACGACGGACAUGUUAUGUGACAGUAGAAUACUGUGCGAUACGGAAGGAAAUCUGUUACUUGUUAAUUUGGAAUAUUAUUACGCUUUCUGCUUCAGUGGAAUACAUAAGUUAAACGACCACGUGGGCCAUUUAAAAACUAACGUGUCUUACAGUAUGCUUUCAAGAAAACAAAAUUACGAAAGAUUAUUCUCGAAAAAUUUAUAUGAAUUUAUAAGCAUCACGCUCACACUAUUAAUACGAAUGAGCUAGUGAAAGAAUAUAAAAAAUAUAUAACUAGGUUAAACGAGAAAUAUUACGUAUUAGGAAGAUGUGAUAUAAUAUUUAUUUUAACCUUACUUUUAAAUGUUUUAAGAAAAUUUAUCAGCAUAUAUCAUCUAAGAAGAACAAAAAAUAAUAUUAGCUUAUAUUGAAAGUAAUGCAUUGACUAGAAAUAAGUACUUUUUAUACAGAAAAUUAACAAAUUACUAGUCAAUUUAAAUUAAAAAGAUUUUUACUGAAACAUGUCGGCAAACGAUUCAUUGAGUGAUGAACCAGACUGGAAGAAACCGAAGUGUAGCAUUAUUUCAGAUCAUGUUGAAAGUGAAGAAUUUAAGACCUUAGUUACAAACAACUGGUGCAAUUAUAACGAGAUUAAGACAGAUCAAUUUGAAAUUAUAACAAAACCUUUUAGAGUUUGUAAGAUAUCUAAUUUUCUGGAUAACAAACAAUUUCUAAAGAAACUCAAAGGUGAAUUAGCGGGAAUCAAAUAUCAAAAAACUUUUAACGAUCUACAUCAAUUUGCACAAUCAAAAGACCUUAAAUCUGUGAGCAAACCUAAUAUACAAUUUUUUUAUUCAACUUUUAAAAAAGAUAUGACCGAAUGGAUGAAACAUGUUACAAAAAUUGAACUGAAUAAUAAAAUCUCAAUGUCGAGUUCAAUUUACAAAAAUACAGAUUACUUGCUUUGCCACGAUGAUAAUAUGGGUGAAAGAAAAAUAGCUUAUAUAUUGUAUCUCUCAUCGAAAUGGCUUCCUGAAUAUGGAGGAACCUUGGAUCUUUUCGAUACAGAUGAAAAUGGAUUUCCUCAGAAUGUAGUACGGUCUCUGCUACCAGAGCCUAAUUCGUUCAUCUUUUUUGAAGUUACAGACAACUCUUUCCAUCAAGUAGCAGAAGUGCUUACCAAGGAAAAAACUCGUUGUUCCAUUAAUGGCUGGUUCAAGGGUCCAAUAAUUAUUCCAGAGAAAAAAAGACCGCCAAGACCUGUAUUACCAUGUAAAUAUAUUGAACCAAUGGACAUGGAAAGUAACUUAGAUACAUGGAUAAAGUCUAUCUAUAUGGAAGAAAAAUAUGUUAAAUCUAUCCAGAAGACAAUAGAAAAAAAAUCUUAUAUAUUGCUUGCCAAAUUUUUCGUAGAAAAUAUAUAUGAUACACUUUCACAAGAAAUUGUCUCUGAAAGUAUUUGUUGGAAAAAACUUGGUCCUGCCGAUGAACGAAACUAUGAAAUAGCUGAUGAAACGACUCUGCCAAGAUUUUUAAAGAAUUUUUAUGAUAUGUUUAAAUCUAAAGCCUUCUUUGAUCUUCUUAAACGUUAUACGGAAUUGGAUCUUGUUUCAAUGGAACCAAAUAUGAAACCAAAAAUGACCAUUGAAUUGCAAAGAUGGACGCAAGGUCGUUAUACCAUGAUAGUCGAUAAAUCCAAUAACCAACAAAAUGUAAAAGAUAUUGAAAUGCAGGAAGCAAAAUCUGAUAUGCUUGAUAUAGCUUCACGAGAAAGUAAGAAAAUAACGACAUUGGAAUCUAGUACCGGUGCUGACAGCAAAGAAAUUUAUAGUAGCAGAGAUACUAAUAGUAGCAAAGAAACUAAUAAUAGCCAAAUGAGUAAUAGUAGUAAAGAAAGCAAUGGUAGCACAUAUUUUACAUUUAAUAUACAAAAUAAGAAAAGUUCAUUUAUGAAAUCUCAGAGCAGCGAUAUUUCCGAAUCUACAAGUUAUGCUACUAUCUGUACAAAUAUAGACAAUAACUUUAUAAGUACUAGCACACCUUUAGCUAAUAAUAAAUGUAAGGAUGAACAAGAAACGGAAAGAAGUAAAAUAUUUAUGAAAAUUGAACCAGAUAUAAAAAUGCGACGUACUACGCAAGGAUCAGAUAUUUUUUGUGAUACUGAUACUAGUGAUAUCUCAUCUGAACUAAAAAACACUGAUGAUUAUUAUUCGAAUGACCAUUUCACGAAGGAAAUAGAAGAAGAACGAGAAUAUGAUGAAUGUGAAGAAGAAGAAGAUGAAGAAGAAUAUGAUGAACAUACAGAAGAAGAAGAAGAAGAUGAUGAACAUACAGAAGAAGAAGAAGAAAUGGAUAUUGAAAUUGAGGAUGAAAACAAAAAUGGAGACGAUAACGAAGACGAAGAUGAAGACGAAGACGAAGAUGAAGACGGAAACGAAGAGGGUUCUUUGGAUUUAAUCCUUCAAUUUCAUACUAAAAAUAUAAAUUCGUUGCAUACAAUAGAUUAUGUUAAACCCAAUGAGAAAUGCGGUUUAUGUAUUCAAGUACCUUCGAGAGACAAUUAUUUAUGUUUCGUUUAUAAAACUGGAAAUGUUACUUGUGUUCACAAAUAUGUUAAUCAUUAUUGUAAUGGUUAUUUCUAUAAAUUAAUAUGUACAUAUACUGAAUAGUAUUUAUCGCGUUGAGGUGCGAUUAAAUUUUUCAACGGCCGUUAUACUUCGAUGCGUCGUUUAAAUACAAGAAUUAUUUUUUAGAAAAAGAUAUGUAUAAUACAUCUCAUUUAACCGAUGAUCAAAUCAACACUCGAGAUCAUAUAAAAGAUUAAUUGAUAUUUCGAAAGAAAUAUUAAAAUAAAAAUAAACAGAAUUAUUAAAAUAAAAUUACCAGAAUUUAUAUGAGCAUAUAAUAUUUCUUGUAUUUUCUUUUCUUUUUUUCUUUUCAUAAAUUUGUAUACUUUGCAUUCUCCUUUUUACAUUAUGUAACAAUUUAACCAAGGACAGUCAUCUAAACGCAAUGACAGUAUUUGUCCUAUGGCACGAGUCAUUUAGCGAACACAUCUAAGGUGAAAAUUAAGAUCACAAUGCAGGGAAACAUUCGCAAUUAUUUAUUAAGUGCAGCAUAUACAUAAUCUAAUAGAGAGUAACAUAUACAAAGUGGUGAAGGUAUUCGUUUCGGAAAGAGAUCAUGCAUAAUGUGAAUGGAAAGGUGCAUAGUAUGAUAUAUGUAUUUGUGUAUGUCUAUGUACGUGAAUGUUAGAAAGAAAAGUUUCCUACAUUAUAUAUUAGCCAUUGUUAAUUAACAUUUAUCGAGCAAUCAUUAACUUUCUAUUGGCUAAUGCAAAAUUUAGAUUGAGACUAUUAGAACGAACGAUUAUCAAAACUUUUCUUCCAUACUUUAAGAGAUGAAACGAGCUGUAAGAAUUAAAGAAAGAAAAAAGAAUUUAACAAAAAGAAAAAAAAGAAGAUAAAUAUUGGAAAGGAGAAAAAAAUUAAAUCGUUACUCUUGUUAUACGAAAAAAAUAAAAGAUAGGUGAGGAUCUAGUAAGCUAAAAAAAAAAAAAUAUAUAUCAAAAUCAUUUUCAAUUUUUAUACAAAUCCUUUUUAUAUAAUAGGAAACGAAAUCGAGAAAUUCUGCAUAUAUAUACACACAUAUUCAUAUGUACAUCAUAUGAUCUUUGGUUGUUCCAUCAUAAGACGUCCUUUUAAUUUGAUAUUAAUCAAACAAAUUAUAAAAUUCAUUUUCGAGAAUUUAAACCGCGAUAAGGGGUUUGGGGGAGCGGGGGUGGGGUAGGGAGGUCUGGGGA